AUGUCUCAGCUUCUUCUCGGCCAACCUCCGAAGCUCUGCCUUCGGAGACCGGUGUUUGUUAGAGCCUCUCCUCUUUUGUGUAACGGCCUCUCAUCUUCCUCGCUGCAAAGCCCUCCUUGUUUCAUCCAAGGCGCUGAUCCGUGUGGAGCUGAUCUCGGAAAACUCAUCAUUUACACUGCUACUGAACGUACCUUCAUUCAUUUGGAUAAGAAGGUGCCAAUGGAUCUGGUAUAUAAUGACGGUAUUGAUACACUGGUAACGAUCGGGUCAUCUCAUGGCUGGAUAGCCACUUUGAAGGAUGACGGAAUUCUGCGUCUCCAAGAUGAUCUAAACCCGGUUGCAUCCGAUUUACAUCCGAAACGCCUCCCUCUGCCUCCUCUUGUAACUCUGCCUCAUUGCCAAACCAGAAUCAUCACCAACGUGUCCUUGUCCUCACCUUCUCCAGAGGAACAAGACUGCAUUGUGGCUGUCAAGUUCUUGGGACCUCAACUAAGCUUUUGCAGACCCGCGGCCGGUGAAAGCAAUCCCGAGUGGAUCAACAUCAGAAUCAACAACCCUUGCUUCUUCUCCUCACGAGUCAUGUUUUCCAAGAAAGAUGACAUGUUCCGCAUAGCAGGAUCUGGAGGCCACCUGAUUGGAUCAUGGGAUCUCCACAAGCACAAGCACACAUCCAAGCUUCUGAAGCUUCAAUAUCAUAACCUUCCCAAGCUGAGCGAUUCCGAACGCGAGCUUUUGCAUUCUUGUUGCACGAGCGAACACCUGGUUGAGUCACCAUCCACGGGUGAGACUUUCUUGGUUAAGCAGUACAAGAAGACUGAUGAGAUCGUCAAGGGUAUUGCCAGGUUGAAAACUCAGAGUUUAAUGGUGUUCAAGCUAGACGACGAAGGAAACGCAGUUUACACUGACAACAUCGGGGAUCUCGUCAUUUUCCUCUCAAAGUCUGAACCUUUCUGUGUCCCUGCUAGCUCCUUUCCCGGCCUGUUCCAUAGCAAAAUAUAUCUAUAUGACGUGGACGAAGUCGGAAUUUUCAAUCUGUCUAAAAGCCACUAUGUUAGUAAAAUUUACGACGUCGGAUGCCCCGCCCCUUACUAUAUUCCACCUCAAAAUAUAAGUCUAGGAGGUUUAAGUAUAAAAGUCUGUCUUUCCUUUUAA